AUGCCGGCCCAGACGGAGAAAAGCCAGCUGAAGCGCGGUCGCGUGGAGCCCAAGAAAGUCCGCCAUUCGCGCCUGUCUCCAGGAGCACCUAGCCGUCUCAAGCAGGGACAGUUGCCUUCGCCCAUCACCCAAAAGGACUCGACGGCGUCCGAAGACUUCAAAGAACCCACCGUUACGCCUCCCAAUGAACGAACACAGCCAUCGCAGAACUUCCGCAGCCCGAAAGGUCCCGGUCCCGGUGGCAUCUCGCCUCCAUCAGACACGCAGGCAUUCUCGCAAUUCGUAUACCCCCCCGUAAACCGGACUUAUGCUGUCGAGGAUGAACAGUGGACGACUGGUCGAGAGAAAGUGCCCAAGGGCGAAUACAAGGCACAAGAGGAGGAGUACGAGAAAGAAAAGAGAGAGAAUGGUGUGACUGCUGGUGGUUACUUGAUUGGACGUCACCGUGAAUGCGAUCGAAUACUCGAGUCGCCUACCGUAUCAAAUCGCCACUGUCUGCUCUUCACCGAGAAGAAGGGCGGAGACGUCAUCGCAGUCCUCGAGGAUCUCUCUGGAAACGGAACGUUUGUAAACGAUACAAUUGUUGGCCGGAACAAGCGACGAGAGCUAAAGGAAGGAGACGAGAUUGCCAUUUUGGACCAGGCCCGUUUCAUUUUCCGAUACCCAUUGGUGCGGAACACGCAUCGAUUCCGACAACAAUUCACGAUGCAGGAGCAGCUGGGUAAGGGUCACUUUGCCUCGGUGUACCUAUGCGUGGAGAAAUCAACAGGUCUGCGAUAUGCUGUCAAGAAAUUCGAGAAGCGGACAGGUCCCGGCGAAAAGUCCAAGGUCGAUGGUCUGCAGCAAGAAAUUGCCGUUCUCAUGGGUGUCAGUCAUCCCGCUCUGCUCUGCUUGAAGGAUACAUUCAACGAAGAUGAUGGCGUCUACCUCAUUCUGGAAUUGGCGACAGAGGGCGAAUUGUUCAACUGGAUCGUCAUGAAGCAGAAGCUCACGGAGCCGGAAGCACGCAAGGUGUUUGUGCAGCUGUUUCAAGCCGUCAAAUACUUGCAUGACCGCAACAUUGUACACCGCGACAUCAAGCCAGAGAACAUACUUCUAACCGACAAGGACCUGCACGUAAAGCUGGCCGACUUUGGUCUGGCGAAGAUCAUUGGCGAGGAGUCAUUCACAACUACUUUAUGCGGCACACCAUCAUAUGUGGCACCAGAGAUUCUCGAGAAUUCAAAUCACCGAAGAUACACUCGGGCCGUUGAUGUGUGGUCGUUAGGUGUCGUCCUCUACAUCUGCCUGUGCGGAUUCCCGCCGUUCUCCGACGAGCUUUACAGUCCCGAGAAUCCAUACACGCUAUCACAACAAAUCAAAGCCGGUCGAUUCGACUAUCCAUCGCCGUACUGGGACUCUGUUGGCGAUCCUGCGCUCGAUCUCAUCGACCGCAUGCUCACAGUUGAUGUCGACAAGCGGAUCUCCAUCGAUGAGUGCCUCGAGCAUCCCUGGACAACGAAGGACACCAUCAGCCUUACUGAUAGUACAGACGGUUUGACGGGUGCCAUCUCCAAGCUGGACUUCUCGAAGAGAAAGCUGCAACGAGAGCGUACUCUACUCAGCGACAUCAACGAUAUUCAGGUCAGUCGGGUCAUCAAGGGCAAAGAAGGACAGGAUCCUGUGAAGGUAUAUGAGAAGAACCCAAGCCAGAUGGUGCCAAAGCUGCACUUGACUCAAGAGGUGCGGCCGGAUCAUGAACGCAACCCAAAGGAGUUCGUUGAGAUGGGCGGAAAGGGUGAUGAGACUCUAUACUCUGAAGAAGAAGGUGGGUCUCGAUAUGCUACAGACAAGAGCCUGGCAUCAGCACCGAGCAAAGAGGCCUGA